CACCAGCGGCCUGCUCUGAUGCGAACCAAAACUGUUGGGGCUUUGUGGCCGAAUUGAAGUUAUCAGUUCCAUUGCAGCAAUGAUCAAAACAGCAGGCCAGACAAUCUCAUGCCAAGCAGCCGUAGCAUGGGAACCCAACAAACCGCUCUCGUUGGAAACCAUCGAAGUGGCACCACCGAAAACCGGAGAAAUUCGGAUAAAGGUGACGGCAUCUGGCGUAUGUCAUUCGGAUGCCAGCUUCUUGGCAGGAUACGAUCCUGAUGUUGCCUUCCCAGUCAUUUUUGGUCACGAAGGAGCUGGAAUUGUGGAAAGUGUCGGUGAUAGUGUCACGAAGUUCAAACCAGGAGACCACGUGAUUCCAUUAUACAUUCCGCAGUGUUUCGAGUGCAGAGCUUGCAAGAAUCCCAAGACUAAUCUGUGCUCAAAAACGCGUACUGGUCCAAGUAAAGGGUUGAUGUCAGAUGGUACAACUCGUUUCACUUGUAAGGGGCAGCCUGUAUACCAUUGUAUGAGUACUUCGACUUUUUCCGAGUACACCGUAGUGGCUGAGGAUUUUCUGUGCAAGAUUGAUGAGUCUGCUCCAUUGGAAAAAGUUUGCUUAUUGGGAUGUGGCAUUCCAACUGGUUAUGGAGCAGCUCUGAAUGCGGCCCAAGUCGAAAAGGGUAGCAGCUGUGCUGUCUGGGGCCUUGGAGCAGUUGGAUUAGCUGCAGUUAUGGGCUGUAAGGCCGCUGGAGCAACGAGAAUCAUUGGUGUCGAUAUAAAUCCUGAGAAAUUCAAACUUGCGGAAAAAUUCGGCUGCACAGAGUUUGUGAACCCCAAUGAUUACGAUAAAUCCAUUCAACAGGUGUUGAUGGAAAAGACACAAGGAGGAUUAGAUUACACAAUCGAAUGCGUAGGUAAUGUAUCGACGAUGCGUGCAGCACUUGAGUCAUGCUGCCGUGGAUGGGGAGUCUCGGUCAUCGUUGGAGUAGCAGAAUCCAGUCGUGAAAUUUCAACACAUCCGUUACAGCUUAUUACUGGUAAAACAUGGAAGGGAACUGCUUUUGGAGGAUGGAAGAGUGCAGAAAGUGUACCAAAGCUUGUUACAAAAUACAUGAACCAGGAGUUGAUGGUGGAUGAAUUUAUCACCCAUACUAUGCCUAUCGACAAAAUAAAUGAAGCGUUUCAACUUAUGCAUGAGGGAAAAAGCAUUCGUUCAGUUGUAAUAUUUUGAAUACUUCAAUAAAAAUCGCUGUAAAUAACACUGAA